AAACGAAGCAGGAAGGUCGCAAAACCGGUGUUUCGGACCGCCAUCGGCCAACCACCUUUCCGCUCAGUGACUGCAACCACGCCUGAUCGAGCCUCGCGCGCCACAAAGUGGUGACUAACGACAUCUCUCUUUUUCAGCCCGCACAUUUUCACCCGUUUCCCCCCUCCCUGCUCGACAGGAGCGCGCAACCGCGCACGCUGUUUCCUUUGCAAAGAAAAACAGGGUGUGAAGAAGCUCGUGACCGGAUUAUACGAUCAGAAAAGUAGCGGCCGCGGGUAGGUGCACGCGACUAUAUGCUUGCGCGCGCGCAGUUGAACGCCUUUAGUGCUGCGCGCGCGCGACCAUGCACAGAGCGGAUUCUUUCCUUUCUCUACUGUGACGACGGUUACUAUAGUGACGGAAGGUGAUUUCCCCCUCUCCGCAACCGCCAGCCCCCUUCCUCUCGCGUUGCGGACGACGCUCCGAACGCGUUUUGUGAGGGAAAGAAGGAAAGGGAGGAGAGAUGAGAUGGCGGCCGAGGGGGAGGCGGAGGCAGAAGUGGAGUGGGUGGUAGACAGCAUCGCCGGCUUCCUCCGCAGUCCUGCCUGGUCCAUCCAGAUCGUGGAGUUCGUGGAACAAAAGUGUGAGGUUUUUGAUGAUGAAGAAGAAAGCAAGUUGUCUUACACUGAGAUUCAUCAGGAGUAUAAAGCUUUGGUUGAAAAAUUGUUAGAUACUUAUCUUAAGGAAGUUGGAAUUAAUGAAGAGAAAUUUCAAGAAGCUUGUAUGUCUCCUCUUGCCAAAACUCGGACUUCACAGGCCAUUUUACAGCCAGUAUUGGCAGCAGAAGACUUCAGAUUGUUUAAAGAAAUGAUGGUCCAGAAAAAUAUUGAAAUGCAAUUGCAGGCCAUAAGAAUAAUUCAGGAAAGAAAUGGUGUGCUACCUGACUGCUUGACAGAUGGGUCUGAUGCAUACACUGAAAUUGAAGAAGAAGAAAUGAAAAUACUGAGGGAGGUUCUUAGGAAAUCAAAAGAAGAGUAUGAUCUAGAGCAAGAAAGGAAAAGGACUAAAGAGUUACAUGAUAAAGUGAGAUCAUCUGAUGGUGCGCACAGAUCUCCAGGACAUCGGAGUGAAAGUGCGGGAGCUAAAGAACCUGUUCAGCGUGCUCCCAAGCUGCCAUCUGAUCUUGAGGCAAAAAACAAAAGUCUUUCUACCCGCGAAGUGCCCUCUGCCAAACAGAAGGAAGAGAGUCAGAAAAAAACAAUUGGAAAUGGUUCUGAAUGUGUCAUGAAGCAAGCGAGAACUGAAGGACGAAAUUUAUCAGAACUUGAAGCACAUGAACUCAGGGAACGAGAGGAAUACCUAAAGCAGAAGCGAGAUGCACUGAUGGCUUUGAAGAAAGAUUCAAAAAUCAAUUUAGUACCCCAGAAUACAGAGCAGAAAGAAGACUUGUUGCCUUCCAAAGAGGGACUGUCUGAAGAAGAAGAGCAAAGGGCUUUAAAGAAGAAAAGAAUCCUUGCAGCAAAGCUUAAAGAAGAAGUUAUUAAUAAGCAAUAAUCCAGAGAGCUGCUAAAAGGAGUUGGGGAUAAGAAUUACCUUUAGAAUAUAUUUAACCAUGAACUGAAUUGUUUGCUUUCAAACAUCCUAUACAUUAAUAUGAUUUUAUACAUUGCAAAAGCAGUACAUUUCUUCAUUAAGUUUUAAAUUAGAUUAAACAUUACAUUAAGCAUUGUUUAGAUUCCUGUGGUUUCAAAUCUUUAUUGCUGAAUGUGGUCAUUAUGGUAUAUGCUCAGUUCAUUUUUAAGUAAGAACCUGUCACAACUUGUAUCAGCUUAGCAUUAAAAUGAUUAAACUCAAA